AUGCCCGAUCUUCAUACCCUUCCAGAAGGCUCUCGGCCUGUGGCCGCUAUUCGCAACAAUGGACCCGUGGACCUUGCCAUUGAGCGAUACAAACUACGUGAACUAGCCGAGGGCUGGCCGUGUUACAGAGAUUCUUGUGAAUGGGAGAAUCUGGAAUCCAUUUUCCAUGAGGAUGCGUACAUCUACACCUCCUGGACAGGACGGACCCAUUUUCAAGACUUCAUCAAAGCAUCAAAACGAGGAAUGGACAAUGGGGCAUUCAUCAUGCAUCGCAUCCACGGACUGUCCACAGAUAUAAACGUGGCAGCUACCCGUGCAGUGACCAAGAUGAAGGCGACCAUCACCCAAAGAUUUGUCCUGGAUGGAAUCGAAGCCGAUGCAGAGUCGGACUGUCGAUUUGUGUUCUUCUGGAGCAAAGAUCCGGUCUAUGGUAACUGGGGAGCUAACUUUGUGCGCCACUUUUAUGAAAAGGACAAGUUGAUCCCCGUGAACCCGAACAGAAUCCCAGAACUCAACCUGGAGGAGUUGAACAAGUUCCCCGUUGGUUACCGCUACCUCGGAUAUUGCCAAGAGAAGACCAUGGGUGUUACAGUCAUCAAGGAUUUACCUGGUCACAGGCGCGAGAUUGGCACUGUAAAUAGAGAGAAGCACGACAUGCUGUAUAGACAGAUCAAGGCUUGGAUGGACGGUGAGAAUAUCGAUAUCUGA